CAAAUAUAUUACGAAACAGCCCAUUUGCCACCUGUAACUCUACCUUUGUUCAUCCAUAGAUGCCCAAAUGCAGUAUUUUGUGGUAGGUUACGGUCUAGUGUUCUGGGUUUAGCAGCAGCAUUGAUGUUGUCGCCAUCAUCUCUUCUCUCUUUGCUGCUUUCAGAAUCCAAGCUUUUCCUUUCCGUCUUGCUCUCCCUCAAGAAACUCAUGAUGAUGGCCAUUUUAUGAUGUUGCUGUAGUUGAAUGAAAUUCUAAAUGGCACGGUUAAUUCUUGAUUGGAGUAAACUAAUAGACGAAAAGCCUCCGGCCGAGUUGGUGGUCGCCACCAAAGCAACCCCGACGAUUACCAUAGACGGGGAAGAGCAAAAUGAUGAGUUUUCAAACCUGACGAAUGAUGAACUAAUUGACAAAAUUGACAGGUUCAAUAACUUGUUGGGCUCCAAAGGCCCUAGAUUAUUCGAUAGGGGUGAGAAGCUGAAAGCAACUAUAAAAAAGCAUGAGGAUGAAUUAGAGAGGAGAAAAUUGCUUCGCCCCGAUAAGGGAACUGAUGGAUGUGCCUUAUUGGGGAGGCAUCACUCUGGUUCUAUUGGUGCAGCUAAUGGCCUUGGGCAACGGUCUGCACAAUCAGCCCCCCAUUCGCAAUCUGCUUUUGCUGUGUGCUUUUCGAACAAGCUGGAAGAAAAACAGGAUAACUCUAAGACACCCAGUGGUUUCCGAAAUGAAUUACAUGCUCUGAAUACGUGUGGCCGCAAAAGGAUAUUAACAAGACAGUUUUCUUCAAGAAGAAGAUGUAAGACAGCAUUGUCUUCACAAGAAGCACCUUUUAAGUUUCCUCUAAACAUAGAUGAACGAGAAUUUUAUGCUGAUGGAAAGACUAGAGACAUCUCUACGUCUUCUCCUCGUUAUUCUGAAGAAAGUUUCUCUAGCUGUUUCACCAAAGAGUGGAAACCUUCUCAAGCCCAUUCUGCAUGUACUUUGCGGCAUGCAAAUGAUGAGGCUGUUGUUCUAGUGGAUGAGGAGGAACCUGGUGUUGUUGAACCAAGACAGCAAGCAUAUAAUGUGGUUGAGAGCACAAAGGCAACCAAGAUAUACUAUCCUUCAAGGGAUGAUCCUGAAUCAGUCGAAAUCAAAUAUUCAGAUAUGGAAUCUCUUGCUCCUGAAGCAUAUCUGUCGUCUACUAUAAUGAACUUUUACAUCCGGCACCUCCAGCAGAGAAAAUCUCCUGCAGAUGGAGAAAGGUGUGAGUAUCACUUUUUCAAUACAUAUUUUUACAGCAAGCUCAAAGAGGCUGUUUUCAGCAAGCAGAAUGAGAAGGAAGCUUUAUUUGUCAAAUUAAGACGGUGGUGGAAGGGGGUGAAUAUAUUUGAGAAAGCGUAUAUAUUUCUUCCCAUACAUGAAAAGUAUUUUUUCUUUUCACUUAGUUUCCUGGAGCUUGCUGUUCAUGGCCAUAUGUUGGUUCUUUUUCUCCUCUGUAGUCAUCACUGGAGCUUGGUAAUAAUUUGCAUGCCAGAUAAAGAAGACCAAUUGGGGCCAAUCGCUCUUCACUUGGAUUCAUUGGGGCUCCACAGCAGCAGCUCUCUUUUUGGUACUAUAAAAAAAUUUUUGAUAGAAGAAUGGAGAUUCUUGAGACAAAGAGUAGUAGCAGAUCAUCCUUUUACAGACAAAAUAUGGGAAGAUCUUCCACGAAGAAUAGACGACAACAUUAUUCCGGUCCCACAACAAGGAAAUGAUUAUGACUGUGGACUCUUUGUGCUAUUCUUUAUGGAACGAUUCAUCGCUGAAGUUCAUGAAAGGUUUAAAAAGAAGGAUCUAGCAAUGUUUGGACGCAAGUGGUUCAAACCUGAAGAAGCAUCUAAUAUGAGGCGGAUAAUCCGUGACAUACUUGAGGAAAAAUUCAAGAAUCCAAGUGACAAAUAGUUUUUCUUGGUCACCUCUUUUUACAACAACAUACUCAGGCAUGAAUGGAUCAACUGCUUAUUACCAACACUCCUGAAGUUGGGCUCAACAGUUAGAUAUUGUAGUUACAUACCCUAGAAAUUUACAUGAGAUUCUAGAAUCUCUCUUUAUAGUCUGCUUAGGAAGGUUUCUCCUGAAAUGUAGUGAAGAUCGGGAGAUACAUCGUGGAGAACUCCCUUUGGUUCGAGCUACAUUUUACAGGGCCCCGAGAUGCAGGAGAAUUUCAUAUUGACCAUUUUCUUUCAAAAGCAGAAGCUGGAUCAAGUACAUUUGGCAUGAUAAUAGGACUUAGGAGGUUUCUGCAGAUAAACAUUUUUUGGACUUUCCCUUCCAUUAUUACUGCCUGGAGUUCAAACAUCUCAUACCGUUCAUGUAAAUGUUUUCUUCAAUGAUAUGAAGAAGAAGAUCAAAGCUGUAUGUGCUUCUUGAUGCAACAUAAUCUCGUUUUAGUAUAUACUUGUGCAAACUAAUUAUCCCCCUUUUAAAAAAAAUAUUCAAAAACGACCCAUUGUAAACAUUGUACUAUAGGCUAAAUUGAAAGUUACUAAAUCCCUAUAA